UCCGAAACUUCAACUUCCACGAUGAGAUUGUGCUUCCUUGUGCUGCUGGCCUGCGUGAUAGCAGCCAGCGCCUGGCCCGUUGACCAACAUGCGCUGCGAGUCCCAGGCGUCAACGGCUGGUUUGUGCCGCAGAAGCAAGGCGGCCUAAGGUGGGUCAACAGGGCGGAUGCCGAGCGUCAGUUGGCCUUCUACGAGGGUCAGGAACAAUUGGAAGGCCGUCUGUCCACCAACACCGUCAAGUUCUAUCUGUACACUCAGAAAAACCCCAGCACGGGACAGGAGAUCAAGGCCACCAAGUCCUCCAUUGAUGCCUCCUACUUUAACCCCCAAAACCCCACAAGGAUCACUAUUCACGGCUGGAACUCCAACUACAAGGAUGGCGUGAACACCAGGAUUGCCGACGCUUGGUUCCAGUACGGAGACUAUAACAUGAUCGCCGUGGACUGGUCCCGCGGCCGUUCUCUGGAAUACGCCACCUCGGUGGCCGGUGCCCCGGGUGCUGGCAAGAAAGUGGCCGCCCUUUUGGACUUCCUGGUCACCGGUUACGGCAUGUCCCUGGAUACCCUCGAAAUUGUGGGCUUCAGUCUGGGCGCCCAUGUGGCCGGACACACGGGCAAGCAACUGACCACCGGAAAGGCGGGCAAGAUCGUGGGAUUGGACCCCGCCUCUCCCCUGAUAAGCUACUCCAAGUCGGAGAAGCGUUUGUCCAGCGACGAUGCCAAUUACGUGGAGUCCAUCCAGACGAACGGCGCGAUCCUGGGAUUCACCCAGCCCAUCGGCAAGGCAGCCUUUUACAUGAACGGUGGUAGAUCGCAGCCCGGAUGCGGAAUCGAUGUCACCGGCAGCUGCUCCCACACCCGUGCUGUUCUCUACUAUGUGGAGGCUCUCCUGUGGAACAACUUCCCCUCGAAAUCCUGCGAGACUUACCAGGAGGCCAAUAAGAACGCCUGUGGAGAUAGGUUCAGCUCCAUCGCCAUGGGUGCUUCUGUGAACACCUUUGUGGCCGAAGGUAUCUUCUACGUCCCUGUAAACAAGGUUUCUCCUUAUGGAUAUGGAGAAGUUCAUACUGGAGGCGAAGAGACCACCGCUGCUCCAGUUGGUUCUACCACCACUGAAGGUCCGGAAGAGGUUUCCACAACAACUGCUGCACCCACUGAUGCUCCUACGACUACUGCCAAGCCCACGGAGGUGCCCACAACUACUGCCGCACCAGAGGAGGAUUCGACAACCGGGGAACCUGAGGAGGUUUCCACAACGGCUGCUGCUCCCACUGAAAUUCCAUCGACCACGGCUAAACCUACUGAGUUGCCGACAGCUACGACUCCCGGAGAUGGAGAGGAUGACACUACUUCAGCCCCUGAGGAUGUUUCUACCACCGAAGAACCCGAAGAGAUUUCUACCACUGCUGUUCCCACUACGACUGCCAAGCCCACCGAGAUUCCAACAACAACUUCUAGACCCACUGAGGUUCCUUCAACUACUGCUUCUCCAGAGGAAGAUACCACUGCUACUCCCGAGGAAGAUACUACAGCCGUUCCAGAAGAUGACUCUACUGCUUCUCCAGAGGAAGACACCACUGCUGCUCCAGAGGAAGAUACCACUACUGUUCCUGAGGAUGACACCACCGUUGCCCCAGAGGAGGACACGACAACUGGAAAACCCCAAGAGGUCACCACAACAACAGCCAUUCCCACAGUUCCAACCAGCACUACUGAUGUGCCUACAACAACCACGGAAGUUCCCAACACCACCUGGUUCCCAAUUGUGACCCCCACACUCCCACCCAACGUCGACGACAGCUCGAAGCCGGGCAGCACCAAGAACAUCUUCAUCUUCAAUGUGUUCCUAGUUAACGUCAAAGUUAGCAAGUAAUAGUUCCGAGUUGUGAAACUCCCCCUAAAGGGGCGUGGAUAAGUUUGCAAUAAAAUCAAAACAAUAUCGCA